AUGACAGGUCCGACGAACGGACCGGUUGCAGCCUCAAGUCCUCCUCCCCUGGGCGCUGCAGAGAGCGACCGCACACACACUCUUCAGUCUUUGCUGCUGCUAAAGACCACACUCUUCCGAGACGCCGCGGAGGCGUUAACACUUGUCGUUCACGCGGCUUUGCUGGACAGCGGUUUCGUGCCUCUCGAACGCGGCGCGCGCACCGAGCUCAGCUACGCAGGUUCCCAAGGCCUCUGUUCGGAAGUGAACACCCCGUCGGGGGAUUUUGUUCGCCUUCCGGACGGUCGCGUGGCACGUGUCGUCUACACUCCGGCGGCCUUCUCUCCGGAUGAAACCGGGCGCACGUUCUCAACCACGCUGGUGUAUGCGCUCCCGCGCAGACUUGAUGGAUUGAGAGGCGCGAAGAAGCCGGAGGCGCGCGUGCAGGUCAGAUGCGCCGUGGUUGGGCAUGUCCUCGCGGUCCAUGUGUCUGACGAAGCUCGCCAAGAGGAAACCGUGGCAGCAGAGUUCCCCCUUGAAGCUGCCAAAGCGCUCCUGGAACUCGACGCGCGGCGAGGAGGAGGCACGUCGGGCGUGCUUUCUGCCGACGCUGGCGAAGAAAAAGACGCCCGAGAAGACGCCCCACGAGCGCUUCCCGUAAUUGCCCGAAGUGUACUCGCCGCCGUCGAAGACCGCUUGGUCUCCCCUCUGGUCCGUGCCUACGCUCCGCCGAAACCGAUGGAUCCCACUGCCUCGGAGAGUCCAGCUAAACCAGCGGAAGGGUCUGCUCUCCCGCCGCCGCGUACGGGUUCUGAGACCACUUCGUCGCGUCCCCCCGUCUCUCCAACCUUGCCGGCUGAGGGCCCGAGUGUAGGCGCCCACGACCUGCGUCCUCCAGGCUUGCCGGACUUGACAAGACGACCGGAGGAAGGCUUUCCUCUAGGGCUAGACGAAGGAGACGGCGGAACACAUGUCGGUCCACGCCAUCCGUUCUUUAGAGGCGGCGACCGAGGAGCCCCCGGCAGUUUCCCCAUGCCCCCGCUUCCUCCGGGUUUCGUCCCUGGCGCCCGCUACGACCCCAUUGGGCCCUUCGGCGUGGAGCCCAACCCGGACCAUGAGCGACCGCAGCGCUGGGACAAUAGAGGCGACCUGGAUCCUCCCGGCGGCGCGGGGUUUGGCGCUGGCAUCGGAGGCAUCGGGAAUUUCGGUGGAGGGAGGGGCGGAGGAGGAGGGUUCGGCGGCGGGAUAAUCUAG